CCUUCCCCCUCCCCCACACAUCAGCCAUUGUCAUGGCAGCAGCAUCACAAUGCGUCCGAUUCUUCUCGCUUGCUGCGAUGGAGCGCAAAAAUCAAUACUAGACCAGCCGCGGCCGGAUGGUCCUGCAAGAUCAUUGUUCCACCGAAAAUCCGCCAUUGUUGUUGGGCGGUUACACUCUACUUAGGAGAGUUUGCCAGGAAUUAUUUAUAGAUAGAUAGUAUCAGAAUCGUCAUAGAAUGAAAUGUUUGUCAUAUUUUUUUUUUCGGAUGUGCGAUUGAGGGAAAUUCGUACGGGGGCCGAAAUGUAUAGCAAUAGUGUUUGUAUAUACGAGAAUUGAUAGUAUCGAUUUGUUUUAAUUCAAAACUACAGGGCAGCAUUUUCAGAAUCACAAUGAAACUAUAUUUCUUUCUUUUCUUGAGUUCUGGUUGCAUUCAGUCAAAUUUACAUUCAGGGGUGUUUAUAUUCGACCGAAUGGAAUGAAACGGAUUAAACUAAAUAGGAACUAAAAAUCUAAUUGCAAAUUAUUGUCUCCCUUCUCGUUUUUCUCGUUUCGUUCGCACUGCACCACACACCAUCCAAGCAAACCGAGAAGAGAUGCGAUGAUGGCUUCUUCUUGGUUUGGCUGUGCAUGGCUUGCUGCGCGUUUCGACCCUCCUAAAAGAGUAGGGAGAAAAAUUUUCACCGUCCACCGAGGGACGGGAUUUUGCAAUCGCAAAUGUCCACUAAACCUGCCUGGGAAUCCACUGAUUUCUAUGCACUUUGGUCGCCUCGGGUCCGCAUCUACGGUUUGCACCACUUUUUUUCCGUUCACUAGCACUGGGAUUUUCUAUUCCGGAGGUAAAACCCUUUUUCGCUUCUCAACUCGGGUCCGGGACAGCUUCCGUCUUUCUGGCUUGUCGCCUCGCACACUCGAUUCGGUUUGACGAUGGGGACUGGAGAAAAAAUUUCACUUGCUCUUCUUCGGUCGUCCGUCGCCCUUUUCUUUGUGGUAUCUUCUUUCUCGGCCUUGCGGCGCUCGUGAAAUGCGCCGGGUGGUGCAAUCGCAGUAGGCCAUAGAAAACACUGUGGGAGGGAGCGGGAUGGACGGAUGGUUUGAGUGAGAAGAAAGGAUUGCAAUCUGUCAGUGGAACAGUGAGCAUGUGCCAUGCGUUACACAUGCGCUGGGCUACUGCGAUCGUGGGAGGUGGAGAAGCGCGCCUGCAAACAUUUCGCUUGUGGUACUCCUGGAGGUAGGCAGCACAUUGGCAGCUCGCUUUUGCACAAGAAUCUAAAAGAGAUGUUGUGCGAAUCAUACGUUCUUUCGCAGCAAACAAUGCAAAUCCAGAGUAACAUCCAGAGCGUCAAUUCUAUCUUCGGUUGCAACGCGUCCGGCCACAGCGGCAUUAACCAGCUGGGGGGUGUCUACGUCAAUGGGCGUCCCCUGCCGGACUCGACGCGCCAGAAGAUCGUCGAACUGGCCCACUCCGGGGCCCGGCCGUGCGACAUCUCACGCAUUCUGCAGGUUUCCAAUGGGUGCGUCAGUAAGAUCCUCGGACGGUACUACGAAACGGGCUCGAUCAAACCGAGGGCCAUCGGAGGGAGCAAACCGCGGGUCGCUACGGCCUCCGUGGUCUCCAAGAUCUCCGACUACAAGGCCGAGUGUCCGAGUAUUUUCGCCUGGGAGAUCCGCGAUAGACUACUUUCCGAAGGCGUCUGCAAUAAUGAUAACAUUCCGAGCGUAUCAUCGAUCAACCGAGUACUGCGCAAUCUGGCGUCCAACAAGGAAACUUCUACCCCAAGCAAUGAUACAGUUUACGAAAAGAUCAAACUAUUUAACAAUACCAGUGGCCACUGGACUUGGUGUCAGAACAUCGGAGGAGGCCAGUUUAACUUCUCAUCGCACCCCAUUUCUCAUCUAUCACUGAAGAGUCCGACGGACGCUCAACAACCGAAACCAGCAACCCACGGCUUGGAGGAGAUGAGCGACAAGUACUCCUCCGAGGACGACGAAGACUCCGAGCUGCGGCUGAAGCUCAAGCGCAAACUGCAACGCAACCGGACUUCGUUCACCAACGAACAGAUCGAAAACUUGGAACGAGCAGAAUUCGAGCGGACCCACUAUCCGGACGUGUUUGCGCGGGAACGGCUUUCGGAGCGGAUCCAGCUGCCGGAAGCCAGGAUACAGGUAACUGCGAUGGUUUGGUAAUCAGGUAAAUGACAAAUUUCGAAUUUUUAUUAUGGCAAACUGGCAAACUUCUACGAUUUACAUGUUUUUGGGAUGUUACUAGAUUUGCGGAAGGGCAUUUUUCUAUUUCUUCCAUGUUUAGGUAAAAGAGGUUAAUCAAUCGUGUCUUUUCGCGACAAAGAAGGCUGUGAUGGAAUGACCCUG